CACACACGCCCACACACUCACACUACAAUGGGUGCUUGAACCCAUGACCUCACGUUGAAACUCUGGCGAGUCUACCAUUGAGUUGUUGGGUCGCAGGCUAGUAAUUUAUUUAUUACUUGUACACCACGUAACCAAUUUCUAAAACACCGGCCAUCACGUCAGUCACCCCAUGUUAGAAAUAUAUAGGCACGGGCGGAUGGGAUUAUUCCAAGCUCGGCCUAAAAUCGUUCAGGUUCUCUUAUAUUUUGGUCCAAGCCCAUCUCGUGGGCCCAGAAGGCAGGCCCAAACCAGGUCGAUAUAUAUACUGAGUCCAAAAGCCUAUGGUCGUCCUGGCCCAUUGACAGCUCUAAUAUCUGCCAGUUGGAGCACACGUAUCAGAGUUCCACGUAGGCAUCUUCUCCCGCGCGCCACACUCUAUAAAUACCCCCAGUCAGUUUUCAAACAACCAAAGCCUCCAAAACGGGUUUUGGAAAGGACAAGUUCCCGCAGAUCUCAUCUUCUUCCAGCCCGCAUUUCAAAUCUCACUGCACUUUUGCAACGAUUUCCUGCUCUCGCAUCCAGCGCUUCGCAGGAAAUCAAAUCGAUCAACGAUAAUCCUCAGCAAACCAUCGGUUCUAGUUGGAUGGAGAAUAAAGGGCUUGAGGCUGUGAUGAAACGCAAGCGAACAACGGAAAAGUUAGCAGACGCAGACCCAGAAGAGGUGGUUGAAGAAGAGACUGAAGCAAAUGUUGCUGGAUCAGAAGAGAUGGAAAUGAAUAUCAGUCAUGUUCUUGAGAGGAUUGAACGGUUCACUCAACAAGUAUCAGAGCUACUAGAAGCAGGAAAGACCAUGUUCAAGGAUCUGAGUGCUGAAUUUGAAGAGCGAAUGGUUUCAAUACACAGAGAACAGAUUGAAAAAUGGCAAGAUGAGAUCAAGGAGCUGCGAAUGCUUGAUGCAUCGAAUGAACAAGCCAGUAACCGUUUGCAUAACGCUCGGUAUCUACUUCAGAAUGUUCAUAUGAACUCUUGAAACAAGCAGGAAGCAACUGCAUGCAAUUCUGUUCAAGUGAGGUGCCUUGGGGCUGUUUCAGUGGGCUACACUGGACUUUGAUUGAAAAAAUAGGGAAAAAGACCUUUAAAAUCACAUUUGAGAUGGCCCUACCUAGUUGAGAUCUUCAACAUUAACAGGGAUGUGAAUUUGCAGUCAUCUAGAUGAGAACUAUGGAAUUAGGGCUUGUGUAGAAGAACUGCAUCUCACAUGGAGAAACAGGUACUAAAAAAGUAGACUUUAGCUUUA